UAGCUUAUUGACUACCGUGUCUACAAGUUGGUCGAGACACGUUGCCGCGUGAAUAUUUUGUUACUACAUUUACAGUUUUCUGUGACAAAGAAAAAAAUCUAAAUAAAAUGGGUAAACUCGUUUUGUACGGUAUGGAUCCCAGCCCACCGGUGCGCACUGUUCUGUUGGCAUUAAAUGCCUUGGAAUUACCAUAUGAAUAUAAAACAGUGAAUUUACUGGCGAAGGAUAAUCAAUCGGAAGAAUAUCGUAAAAUUAAUCCUACAGGUACCGUACCUGCAUUGGUCGAUGACGGCCACGCCAUCGCAGAUUCACAUGCUAUAAUUGCCUAUUUGGCAAGUAAAUAUGGCAAAGAUGAUACACUAUAUCCGAAGGAUCUCAUAAAACGUUCAAUUGUCGAUCAGCGUUUAUACUAUGAGACGGGAGUGGUUUUCGAACGCUCACUACGAGGAACAACCAAACCAAUUCUUUUUGAUAAUCAGACUGAAGUGCCUCAAUCCAAGAUCGACCAAAUUGCAUUGAUCUAUAAAACAGUGAAUGGUUUCCUGAAGGAUCAUCCCUAUGUUGCUGGCGACCACCUAACCAUCGCUGAUUUUCCACUCAUAUCGGCGAUUAGCUCAUUGCAGGUGUAUUUGGAAAUCGAUGCUGUUAAAUACCCGAAUUUAGUUGCAUGGUUUAAGCGUGCGGAAAAAUUACCCUACUAUGAAAAGGCGAAUGGCAAAGGAAAUAAGCAAUUUGGGGAUUUGAUCAAAUCAAAAAAUAUAAAAAUUGUGCCGUAAUGAAUGCAGUGAUCUACAAUUUAUAAAAAAUGAUGUUCGUUUCUACAAUACAAUUUCUUAUGUACAUAUGUAUGUGUGCAUACAAGUAUUUGUUUACAUAUAACAUUGCGCUCUCUACUUUUGUUUAACUUCUCUGUAAGAUUCCUACCAACCGGUUGCAACCACUUGAUUUGUAUACAUAUUCAUGUGUACAUAUAUUACAAAAUCUAUUUUCAAAAUUAGAAAUACUAAUAAAUACUUGUAAACUAUUAAAUAUAAAAUGAAAACGUUUAAUUUAUACAUGAAA